AUGGCAUCCUCCACCAUCCUCACCAAUCCCUCGAUCGAUGACGGCCCUCAGAUCUACUCAUCCGUCUACAGCGGCGUCGAGGUCUACGAGAUGGAAGUCAACCACGUCGCCGUCAUGCGCCGUCGCAAUGACAGUCACCUGAACGCAACCCAGAUUCUCAAGGUCGCCGGUCUCGACAAGGGCAAGCGCACCAAGAUCCUCGAGAAGGAGAUACAGACUGGUGAGCACGAGAAGGUCCAGGGCGGCUAUGGCAAGUACCAGGGCACCUGGAUAUCCUUUGAGCGCGGCGUCGAGGUCUGCCGUCAGUACGGCGUCGAGGAUCUCCUCCGGCCCCUCCUCACCUACGACAUGGGGCAGGAUGGCGGUGUCGCCGGCCGUGGAGACCUCAACACCCCGACCAAGGAGCAGGCCAUGGCCGCCCAGAGGAAAAAGUACUACGCCGCGCCUACGAGCUCGCGCCCCAAUAGCAUGUCCGGCACCUUCUUCCAAAACAUCUCGGCCACUGCCUCUAACGCCGUCGCCGCCAUCAGCAAGGCCCGUCUCGACUCGCCUGGACCCAGAAAGCGCGGCGGUGGUGGUGGCAAUCUGUCACGCGCCGCCAGCUUCAACAGACAGUCCUCGAUGCAGAAUAUAGAUGACUUCCCCAACUCGCAGCAGAGCUACACCUCGGAACGCGGCCGUAAUGCCGCCGCCGCCGCCGCCGCCGCCGCCGCUGCUGCUGCUGCCUCCACCUCGGAUUCUGUCUACUCCUCACAGCGCAUCGGCUCCCAGCAGAUGAGCAUCGACGGCACCGAGCCACCCAGGAAGCGACAGAGGGUCAAUGUGACGCCCGCCGACAGCUUUGGCAACUCGCAGGGCAUGCGCAUGUACGCCGAGGCCUUCCCUGGGUCACCCACCGAGCCGAACGAGUCCUUCAUCUACUCCCAGGCGGGCAUCGCCGUUCAUGACGAUGCGGAUCACGACGGUAUCUCGCCUCUCCCGCCCCUCCCGUUUGAGGAUUCUGUCGACGCCGAUGUCAACCGAAAGACUCUCCUAGGCCUAUUUGCAGACCCUGCCGAGCCUGACGCAUUCGAGGAACUGCAGGGCCUGACUCCUGUCGAACUGGAUAUGCCGAUCGACAGCCAGCACCACACCGCGCUACAUUGGGCUGCCACGUUAUCACGUAUGAACAUCGUGCAGGCUCUGAUCAAGCACGGCGCAAACCCCUUCAGGGUCAACUCGGAAGGGCAGACGGCCCUCAUGCGUGCCGUCAUCGUCACCAACUCCCAUGAUAACUUCUCAUUUCCCGAGCUCCUGGACCUUCUGGGCAACACGCUUGAGGUCGCAGACAACAAGGGCCGUACGGUGCUGCACCACAUCGUCGUCACCAGCGCAAUAGACCGUCGUCACGCCACCAGCAAGUACUAUUUGGAUUGUCUGCUGGAGUGGGUGGUGAGGCAGGGUAGCCAGCCCAGCAGUCAAGACCACAGCGUCAACGGCAACCAUUCCGCCGCCGCCGCCGCUCUUAAUGCCGCUCACCCUAAGAUAGGGCUUGGGAGGUUUAUGACAGAUGUGGUCAACGCGCAGGACAAGGUUGGCGACACGGCUCUGAAUCUCGCCGCGCGGAUAUCAAAUCGAAGCAUCAUCUCGCAGCUUCUAGAGGUUCAUGCAGACCCGGGCAUCCCCAACCGCGUAGGCCUCAGGCCGCGUGACUUUGGCAUUGGUGAAUUACCAGAUGGUGAUCAGAUGCUGGUCGACGCUGAACAGGUCGAUGUUGCUGCGAGCAAUCAGCGGAGCAAAGAGAGUAGUGAUGAUAUCGUUUCAUCAAUGAAAGACCUGCUGGGUGAGACGGCAGCGAUCGCACAAGAGGAGCUCAAGAAGAAGCAGGACACGCUGGACGAACUUCACACGGGCCUCAGAACGUCGUCCGCCAAGCUGGCCGAGACGAGGCGCGACCUGGAGGCGCUGAAGGAGAAGUUAAAGCAGCAGCAGCUCCACCGACAAAAGGUCGCCAACCUAUCACGCGAGCUCGAGAGGAUCCAGUACCGGAUGAGCUCGGUCGAGCAAGAACACGGCUCCUCGCAGUCGAGCUCUGCCGCGCAGUGGGAGGAGGAACUCGAGAGCGCCGCCGAGAGCGCCGCCUCGUCGCAAUCCGACUCUGCUCAUCCUCAUUCUCGCCAGUCGCAGCCCAAGGCCAUUGGCGGCUUGCCGGAUGCUAAUAUCCUCCGCGCGCGCAUAAAGGCGACCAGCGAUGUGCUGCAUAACGUGAAGAGCAGUGUGUCUCGCCUCAAGGGCAGCAGCCGCGAUAUCGAAUACAAGUACCGCCGCCUCGUCGCCCUGGCCGCCAACUGCCCUGAGGACCAGGUCGACGAGCUUCUCAACAACCUCGUCCGCGCCGUCCAGAGCGAGAAGGGCGAGCUGGAGAUUGGCCGCGUGCGCAAAUUCCUCGGCGGCGUGGACGGCGUUUAG